AUGGCCAACUGGCGGUCUGUGCUAAGCCUUGACUAUGGCGGCAGCCUGGAGUAUGUGUUUGUGCUGGAGGACAAGACGGACCCGGCGUAUGCGGUGAUCACCACGCUCAUCCGGGAACUGCAGGGCCGCCGCCCCGUGCGCAUCCAGUCGGCUGGCUUUGCGGAGCACACGAGCCAGAAGGUACACAACCUGCUGGCCGGCAUCCGCCAGGCGUCGCCCGACUCGCAGUACGCUCUGUGCCUGGACGACGAUGUACUGCUGCACCCGGGCCUGCUGGCCUCGCUGGUGCGGGACAUGGAGGCGGAUGCGGGGUUGUUCAUGGCCACGGGCUACCCGUUUGACGUGCCGGCGGAGGACGCCUGCCUGCUGGCGUACGCCGCGCUGUCCUACCACCUCCCCCUCAUCGUCCCCUUCUCGGUCAAGGAGCGCACCCAGUUUGUGUGGGGCGGCUGCAUGCUGUUCCGCACCUCUGAGAUGCGGCACGACUCGCGAGGCAUACUGCGGGCCUGGGCGGAUGGCGGCUACUCGGAUGAUCUCACAGUGGCCAGCCAGUGCACCGAGCAGCAGCUGACCAUCUACUGCCCCGGCUACUCCAUCUUCCCGCAGUGGAUCGAGGGCGGCUACCCGCUGCGGCGGUGGUGGAACUACCUGCGGCGCCAGCUGUAUGUCAUGGACACCUAUAGCAACGAACACAACAGGCGCACCAACCAUAGCCUGGCCGCCCUGCACGCCUUUGCCUCCUGGGGCGUGGUGCUGCCAGCCACCACGGUUAUGCUUCGCCUGCUGCUGUGGGUACUGGCCAUCCUGCUGCUUCCCACGCAGCAGGUGUACGGCGGCCCUGACGGCAGCAGCUACCUCUGGCUGCGCCUCUUUGGCAUCGACCGGUGUCCCUGGUCUCUGGCCAGCCUGGCCUCCUUCUUCCUGAGCAUCGUCUACCUCAUGCUGGCGCUGCGGUGGAUGACAAGCACCGUGCUGGACCUGUUUUGCGCGCUGAACCCCAAACUCAAGCGCCACCAGCUGGACACCUUCAGCUGGCCCAAGCUGUGGCUCGGAUUUUAUUUGAACAAUGCAGUGAUCCCCGUGUGCAUCGCAUACACAUUCUUGACCAAGCACAUUGACUGGAGCGGCAUACGGUACUGGCGGCAGCACGGCAAGAUCAUCCGAGUGGUGCACAGCUACGAGCGGUCCUGA